AUGGCGCCGAAGAAGCUGACGGACUGUCCGGAAAACCUCCGGGAGUCCAUUGACUGGUUGAUCCAGGUUAAGCAUGGGAAUGGUGGAAAUGGCCUUGCCCAGUUGGCUGAAGCUUUGAAAAAGUUGGUUGGUGAUGCUAUUGAGAAAGCUGAAACUAGUCUUUCUACCAGGCAUUCUCAACUUUCCUGCUCCAAAGCCUCCGGUUAUCGUCAUUGUAAGUAUCUUGACGCUAAGAUUGCUGAGGCUAAAAAAGCCUUAAAUUCUGAAAAGCUUUCUGAAACCGAAAAAUCCAAAAAGGAAUCCGAAUUAUCUAUGCUCCAAUCCAAGAAAGAAAAACACUAUAAUGAAGUUCAUUACCUUUCUGAUGAUGCCAGAGACAACGCUUUGAAGGAUAUUAAGGAGCGGCAAAAUAAGCUUACUGAGCUUAGCAAAAAUCUAGAAAUAUUUACUACACCAGAUGACCAAUGUGAAAACCUAUUAUCAAAUCUUACUGAUGGUUUAGAAAAGUUUUUAGGUUACAAUAAAGAUUUCAAAGGCUACGAUGGCUCCGGCAUCGUGUACUCGGACCUUGACAGGCUCUGCGACGGGGUGAUGGCGUUUUUGGGUGGAGUUCUCAGUGGAGUGAAGGGUGACAAUUCAGUUACAACAUACAAUAAUUAUAUUGUUGGCACUGAAAAUCAGCUUGAAAGUGUACUUGAGAAAUUAACUUCUUCAAUUGGCUCCGGGCGUGUUGGCCUUUCGAAGUCUGUCGGCAAGGUAAAGGAGUGGUUGGACGGCUACGGUAAAAAUAUCGCUGAGUUGACUACAAAUGUUAAAGAUGAAUUAACAUCUCUGAAACAUGAUGUUGGAGGUAAAUACAAUAGCCAAAUUGUUGCUGAUAGGAAUCUUGAGGAACAGUCUAAGCAAUGGAAGAAUACAGUGUCUGACAUUUACAGUAAGGUUUAUAAUAUUCAGAAUGAUCGUGUUGAUAAGUUGGACAGUGUACUAAAAGGCAAAUUGAAUGCAGAAAUUAAGGUCGUGAAGGAAGCAGUACAAAUGUUGUAUGACUCGGCGGCAAAUGCUUUUUUCUUAGGUCAGGUGAAACAGGUGGAUGACGAAUUAGCAAGGCAGAAGGAGAAUCUUGAGACGGCUGUAAAGAAGGGUACAAAAAAGGUUCAAGAUACAUUGGACGAUGAGGUCAAUAGGAUUUUAAGAAACAUCACAAAUCUGUAUAGCAAGAAAGAUGUUCAGUUUACGUUUAUCAGGGAGGCAGUGCAGGCGGCAACACAGCACGCUAGGGAGUAUUAUGUUAAAUUUAACGGUGAAUAUAAGGGAAAGAUUUUGCAGAUGUUCGAAGAUGUAAAAUAUGGGUUGAGGGAUGUUGAUAAAUCUUCUGGUGCUGCGUCAGGCGGUAAGUCAAAGCUACGAAAUGAUGUUAAUAUGAUCAAGACGGCGCUUGAGCAAAUUGGUAGUACGCUAGGGAAACAUGUUGCGGAUUUACAGCGCAAAAUUGAGGAGGCGGAGUUAUUUCGUAAACUGGUACUUGGUAAGGCCAAUGACGUUCAUGGAGCGCUUAAAGCAUAUACAAAUACUAAUACGAAGACGGUGAUUCGUGAAAAUAUCGAACUAAUUUUGGAGGCUAAAAGAGAAAUUGAAACGGUCGAUAAGACGCUUAAGGGCGAAGCAGAGAAGUUGAGCAGUUGGACAACCGAGGCGUCGAAGGUUGUGAAAGCAGCAAAUAGGAAGGUUGACGAGAUUGUUACGGCGCUUAAAUAUGAAGACAAUGAUGAUAACUUCAAAAGUGAACUUGAUGAUAUUAAGAAUAAGGCGGAUCAGCUUAACAGUGCUUAUACGAAAACGCAGGAGCAUUUGGUGUCUGUGGUUGAGAAAGUGAAGGGUAGAGAUGGGGACACUGGCCCCUUAGCAAAUCUAAAAAGUCUUCCAGAUCUUACAAGUAAUGUUCAGGUGCCCAAUGAGAUUAGUAAGUUUAAGCUGAGUAGCGGAGAUGGAUGGGAUUUGAACAGCAAGAUACAAGGGGUCACCGAACAAAUUACCACGAACGUUGAAGGGCAAGUUCAGCAGUUGCUGAAGAAUAUUAAGAAGUACGUUGAUAGUAUUAAGGGCACAAGUCAAGUUCCAGCUCAACAGAAGGGUCUGACACAUAUAGUUAGUGGGGUGCAAACGCUUGCUGGACUGUUCAAGGGCAAGGGUUUCGAGAACAAAGUGGGUGGCUGGGUGAUGAAUAUUUUGAAGGAACAUCCGAUGAAAGGGUUGAUUGAGAGGUAUGUUAGGCAUAACGAGAGUCACAUUAAGGAGGAUAAAGACAAGACUCUUCAACGGGACAAAGACGGCAGCCAAUAUUACAAAGGUCUUAACGAGAAAAUUGCGGAGAAGAUUACAAAUCAGCUUAGACCCGGUAUUAUUCACGAUGCCGGCGAAGAGGUUGAACAAAAACUGCAAGAACUCGGGCAAAAAGACGUCAUCGCUGCAAAUCUUACUGCUCUCAAGGCGGGCAUCGAGAAGUUUGUCAAGAAACUUGGUGAGGAAAUUCAGGUUGCUGAUAAGGUUGAAAAGUACGAAAACAAAAUUAAUUCCCUUGCAACCACGAUAGCCACGACGAUAAGUGAUGACAUUAAACAAAGUACAGCGACACUGAAUAAUGGGUAUAACUAUACGUUUCUUAAAACAGCCGUCCAUUACACCCUAAAGCAGCUCCUCGUUGUGGCCAGGCAAGUUGCUGCGGAGAUCCAGGUAUUUCUAGAUGCGUACAAGAUUGGCAACGUAGAUGGUGCAUUGGCUACGGCAUCGAAGCUUGACAGUGAGCUUGGAGAUGCUAUCAGAAAUUACUCCGGUACCGCAUUAGGUGGUAAUAUUUCCACCCAAGUUAAGGCGAUUGCGGAAAAAGUCAACGACGUAAAUAUCAACACCCCACUCAAAGAACUACUCAAAGCUACCGCCGAAAAGGCGAUACAGAAGCUUCAUGAGGCACUCAAAAACCCGGUUAUUAAUGAACUGGGCGGCGUUACCAAUGACGUGCCAGAUGUCAAGGAUGGUGACGUGAGAAGGUUAAACGGGGACAUAAGCCAUGCCGUCGGCACAAUUCAGGGCAAACUUACUGCCAUAUCGAAAAUGGUGAAAGACAGCAGCAAGCAAGCUACGAUUAAAGGCGUUGUGGAGGAUUUAGAUGAGAUGAUUAAAGAGGGCGACGGCGAGUAUACACUUAGAUCAGUUUCACAGAAAGCUAACGUUAAACGUCUCACCAAAAUUUACGAUCAACUGAACGAUCUGCAGAAUAAUAAAUUAAAAGAUCAACCUAAAGCCAUCACUAAAGCUGUCGAGGCAAUUCAGUCGGAGAUUAGAAGGCUUCAAGGUCUGUUGAAAGGUGGAAACAGCGAUGUUAAUGAUGAUGUAAUUCUGAAUUUGCAAAAAUUAGAAAAGACCAUCGGUAAGACCGAAAAUGGGAAGCCUAUUGCUGGCAGUAUUCAGGAACUGCAUAGUAAGAUUAGUGAGUUGCAUACCACCGAGUUCACCGAACAGUUAUCUUCCACAUCGUCUAACAGCAUUACUAGCACAAUACAAAACGCCAUCAAAGGCGUCGUUAAUGUUGUCACAGGGCUUGAGACCAUGCCAGAAGACGUUGAAACCAAGAAGGCAGAGGUUGACGAGCUCAUGGGGAAAUUAAGGCAUCAAUUGUACACCCUACAAGGUAAUCUGAACGUCAUUAACGAAAAGAUCGACGAAGCCGAUAGAGCGUUGAUGGACGCCAUUAAUACAGUUGACACAGUUGUGCGGGAAGAAUACGUACAAAUCAAGCAAUCUGUCGAUCAACUCCGAUCCCAACUCCUCUCAGCCAUAAAAUACGCCCUUGAUAAAAUAACCAUCGAUGUGCGAAUAUUGUUUACCGAACAGAAACGAGCUGACCUAACAGCUCUGCAGAAAUUAGUCGAAAAGCAAUCUAAAAAGGUAAACAAGAUCAUAACUGACGACCUGGCAAACGGGAUCAAGUGCUUACUGUGGAAUAUGAAUACGCACCAUACACAGCUUCCGCAGAUUCCCAUUCAAAUAGAGUUGAAUAAGGCGGCAGAAUAUUUACAGUGGUAUCUCGAUCCAAUCGUAAAAUAUGUCGAUUGUCAACAUAGACCUAAUCAGAAAACGGACCGUGGUGCGAGUAAAAAGCCCAAAUCUCCGGAUGAUGAUCCACAGGUUAGCAGUGUUUAUGAAUUUUACGCUAUCAUCAGUAGUUUCUUGCGAUUACUUUUGGGGUCAAAUAACUUCAAUCAUAAGGCAAUUGAAAAAAUUUACGAGGCCGAUGUGGCCAUUAGAAGGUUCACCCCCUCGAAAUUCUCCUCCACAUCAUCCAACACACUUCUCGACAUUGUCAAGUCCGGAUUUAGGGCAUUUGUGGAGCAGCUCAAGAAAGUUUAUGUAUCGUCAUAUUCUGGAGUUACGGACACUUUUAACUGGAACGGUGACAAGAAUUCAGAGAAGUGCGCCAAGGUCUGCCUGACCGUACUGGAGACUUUGUUCUACGACUUCAACUCGUUAAGUAAAUUGUUCCCCUCUAAAGGCCCUGAUAACAUUAAUUCAAGUAAUAACAUAGGCGGGUAUUUCUCUGACCGAGGCUACAGGGUGGCCACUAAGGCCGGCGUCCAGGACGGUGAGUUAGACAAUUCUACGAAGACUAACGGAACACAAAUUAAUAAGCUGCGUGAAAGUCAAAUAAAAGGCUUAAAAAGCGGUUCCAAAAAGCUUCACGAAUUCAUCAACGAAAUAUGCAGAGAUCUUGUCUCGUACUACCGUGUCUGCCAGUACUAUAUUCCUUCGAAACCAAGGGCGCCCAGCACUGUCAACGAAAUGCUUCACUGGCUUGCUGGGCUCUACUAUACACCUAUGUAUGAUAAAUUGGCGAGUAAGUUUGCGAGAUACUUCAAUGUACCCCAAGAAAACGGUACAACGGUAAUCAAGCCCAUAGAAGCCGCCGUGCCUGCAAGGAGAAGCGUUACCAUCCAAGGCCACGGCCAUGCCGACGGCCGUUAUGCCUGUGACUUCCUAACAAACCCAGAUGACUUAUUUUAUCCAAGUGAUACAGAUCAAUGUUUAGAUAUGCUCGUAGACAAAUGUCUCAGACUGCAUGAACAAAUCUUUUUUCCUAUUUAA